AUGGAAGGGGCAAAGGAGGCCAAACAAGAGCCUCGGAGCCCAAGUCCACCUUCUCCAACUGUAGUGUCCUCCCUCCACACCACCCCGAUGAUACCUGAUGAAGAAACACCCGACUCGUUGUGGGAAGAAGUGAGGCGACUGAAGGAGAAAAGCCUCGCGAAAACUCCGCCCAAGGUCAGAUCGAUUGGGGAAGCGCUCUCUUCAGGCUCUGCAAAGGCUCGAAGCCGUGAAAAGAAACUGACAAAACGUACGUCUAGUCCCACAUUCAAGGAGUCGCCGGACGGUCUGACGAUGACCGUGACGUUCGACAUCCCAGACGUGCAGAAGCAGGACAUGCACGUUAGCUUCCGGUCUAAGCACAUCAUCGUCACCUGGAGAAUGAGGAAUGUGAGAGAGAAGAUGGAAGACGGCGUCCUCGUGCGAGACAGACAAGAGAUUAAACAUACGCAGUUUAUCCCUAUACCAGAAGGGACCAAAUUUGAAGAUGUCACUGCGUCUCAAGACGGCAGCCGGCUUAUCUUGACGUACCCGAAUUCGCGCUGUGUACCCGUUUCUCCUCGAUCUCCUCGAGUAAGUCUAGGCACAACCCUGAAUCCAGCACGUUGA